AUGUUUCGGGAAGGGUUUCUGCCGCACGCGUUGAUUCAGCUUCUGUUCCUCACCUCCUUAUUAGUUGUCCAUGUGCCAGCUGGCUAUGCAACCCCCAUUUCAAUGGUUCAAACAGUAAAUGAUUUGUGGAGCUCGCUGGCCAUGCGGGCUGCGAAGGAGACCAUUGCAGCCGUCCUCGUGGGACGUCAGCAUCACCUGGGCCUGGAGGUAGACGGCGUCACGUACGAUCUGCUUCUAGGCAACGAACAGGAGGCCGUGCAGGAAGCACGCAAGCGCGCCACAGCUGCCGCUGCUACCGCGGCGGCGGCAGGGGCGGCAGCAGCGGCAGCAGCCUCUGCCGCCUCCGUCGCCGAUGGCGUAGUCCCUGCUGCCCAGGCCCUCCCUGCAGCUGUCCCUCGGGAGCCCACCGCCUCCACCUCCACCUCCACUUCAGCCGACGCGGUGGACAAGCCCUCCACCUCCGCAGCCGCAGUGCCCUCCGUCGUCAGCGGCUCUCAGGAGGUGGCCCUGCUGCAGCUGUUCAACGGGCCUCGGAGCAGCCGCUCCCUGGAGCUUCCCGAAACAACGCUGGCGGGGCCCCUGGAGCUCUUGCUGCCGGUUCCGGAGCCGGUCAGUAUAUACUCCCCGCUGGCUGCUGACGUGGGUGGCCCUGUACGGCGGGUGGUCAUCGAUACGGGGGUCACUGUGCGGGUGGCGGGGCUGCGGAGAGUCAGCCUCAGGCGGCCUCUGGACCUGCCCCGCCUGCCCGGGCAGUACCUGGCGGAGGUGUACGCGCAGGUGGCCACGGGGGAGGCGGAGGAGGGAUUUGGGUCAGCGCCGGGCAUAGUGUACCUGGCGGAGCAGAUCCGGAAGUCUGCGGAGUCAGCCGCCAACAGCAGCAGCCACAGCGGGCGGGAAGCUGGCGCGAGGGGGAAGCAGGGGGCGCCCGCGGUGUUGUCGCUGGAGGUGGAGACGGUGGCGCCAGGAGCGCUGACGCUCACCUCGGCUCCGGAGCUGCCGCCGCCGUACGCCGCCGCCGCGGCCCCCCGUCUCAAGGUCCGGCGGCUGGCGGGAGGCAGCGUGGAGCUGUCCCUUCGGCAGGGCCAACUAACCCCAGCAGACACGUUCAACCCAGCUGCUGUAUCCCGGGUGUGGGCCUGGCCACUGCCCCACACCGACAGCUCGUCCUGGUUGCCGUACGAGACGCUGCUGCGUUCCAUACUGGCGUCGCACCCGUUCAACGUUGACAAAGUCAUCCGCCGGGGCAUCGGCUUGCGGCUGACCAAGUCCUCCAUCCAGGGCACACACCUCAUCGCUUUCGAUAUGGAGGUGCGCGCCAGGUCGCCGCGGCCGCCGGAGCUGGAGGGCGCGCCGUACGAAUGGAACGAGAUGCCUCUGGAGAUCUGGGAGGCCGUGGUGCAGGUCCAACCCCAAGGGCAGACGCACACGCAGGCGGCCGCUGCGGAGGGCGGCAGCACCACCACCACCAGUGCGGCGGCUGGGGAGGGCUUCCGGUUCGUGCCGCUGCAUGCGAAGAGGAAGCAAACCUUCCAGAACACCCUGACCAUGUCGCGGUCCGCCAUGAUCCUGGCGCUGACGGGCGGCGUCAAUGCCACUGUGGGGGGCCCGGACGGCGACGGGUACGACCAGGUGGAGCUGGGCCUAGCUGCCAACGCACCCUGA